AUCGGGCAUCACCGGGUGGGGAGGGAGACGAUGAGGAGGAAGAAGAGGAAGAGAGGGAGAGGACGAAGGAGGAGGAGGACGAGGUCGUAAGCAUUGCCUCGGUUUUCUGCGACGCUCUUGCUCCCAAACCGUGUUUCCGUGUCGGGAGUGGUUACCGCUAGAUCGCUAAAGCCCGCUUCCCUCGCGUUCUUUUCAGGGUGUAAAUUUCUCGCUCUUGGAAAUGGUACUCUAAUGUCUGUGGCCUCGACAGAGAGCGAGAAAGAGAGAGAGAGCGGGAGAGGCGGAGUGACGGAAGGUAGGAAGAAGGUGGAGCUGUGGUGAGGGAAGCCGAGAUGGAGCGUCGGGAUGUGUAGGGCAAAGAAGGUGCGGCAAGUUUUUCUUUGCGUAGCACGGGUUUCGAAUUAGGUGUGUUGGAUAGUGCGGUGAUCAAGUUUUUUAGGGAGCUACGGUGUGGAGAUCUGGAGUCGAUUUAGAUCAUGGUUCAAGGUUUAAUGUUUUAUUCAGGUGGAGUACGCCAUGGUAAGAGUAUGCAAGGGCGGGUGAUGGAUUGGAAGUAGUGGUUUGUGGCAUUGAUGGUUUCGCGGAAGGAGAUCGUGGCACAGCAGAUUGAAGGGAUUUAGAUUUUUUCCCCCCUUCUUUCAUCCUGCUUCUAUUCAAUGUGGUUGCGACUGGGAGGCUGCUUUUUGGAUCAGGACUGUGUGAGGCGGAUUCUACAGCACAGCGAUUAGCUCUGCUGUCAUAAAUAAUCAGAAGAGAGGCAGUCAACGCGAUGGGGACAAUCAGGGAAUUAUUGGAGUAUUAUACAGGCGGUCAAGUUUGUUAGGAAUGUGGUGGGUUGAAAUGUGUACCUAUCGCUCUGUGCUGAUGUACGCUGGGAUUGAAGUUUGAAAGAAAUGCGGUGGAGUUGAGCUACGGGUGAAGGGCAAACAGAUUUGUAGCUGGGCAAUGGCUACAAUGGAUAGACCUCGGAUUGUACGGUGUCCUAGGUGUCUUGCACUUCUGCAAGAGCCUCCUCCAGGAACCCCUUUAUACAAGUGUGGCAACUGCUCCACUGUCCUGAGAGCCAAACAUGCUGCAACUGAGGGCUCUGGGACUAGAAGAGUAUCGGAGCGUCCGCAACGGCAUAAUAGGAGUAAUCCAGCUGGACAUCCUGAUAGUGUUGAUGCUAGGUCGUUGCCCGCUAAACCAAUGCCACCUGAUCACAUGUCAAGUCCCGCAAAUUUAAACGACCGUAAUGAUAUUAGAAGUGGAACUGGAAUGAACAGACCUACUGCGGUCGCUGCUCGAAAAAAUUCACCUAGUUACUCGGUACACCAUGGUAAUCCUGGACCUGGACCUCCCACACGUAUGCCAAACAACAUGAAUGUAAACCACGACAGCGAUCACAGGUCUGCGCAUGAUGAUCGCAGUCUUUCUCCACCUAACCCAUUGACAGUUCGUAGAAACAGAGAUGAUGAUGUUCGUGGUAGGGAGGCUCCAGCAAAUGUGCCUCAAACUAAGGCUUCUAGUCCAGUGAAUGGAGAUGUUAAUUCUGGUAGAAGCCCAUUCAGUCACGUGCAUCACAAGGACCGGUCUCCUCCAGGAGCAGUGCCUGUGAAUUCUUCAGCCGUAGAUGAUCUAACAGGCGAAAGAAUGGGGCGUAUAGAUUUGCUAUCUCGAAAUGCACAUACCUAUGUAAACACUAAUUCUCGUCUGGAGACUUCAACUACAGACCUGGUUGUUGAGGGAGCUUGCCCCAAGCCUCAACCAGCGAAUAUGGCGAGCGAGUCACCAAAUUACAGGGAGAAAGAGAAGCAGAGAAAAUCAGAUGAUGAAGGAGAUAAUGAUUUUUCUCCCACGAGAGCUCUUUCUGCGAUUCAGAAUGCAGGUCCACUUUAUAAGCUGAAGGAGCGACAAAAGCUUGGGCCGGGACCUAAAAGCAGUUUUUCACCACGUGGUUCUCUAGGAGGUCCUAGCAGCAGGGGUAGGAAUAAGUCCCUAGGGGACGAAUAUUUGGAAGGAAGACAUACUGACUUGGUUCAUGACAAAAACCUAGAGUCUGGUCCUUCCUCAGGUGGACCAACAGAAGAGAAGCCUGGUUUGCAUCGGCGACAGAGCUCAGACAGUGUGGCCAUCAGCGCUUUUGGAAAUGAUAUCUUCGUUGGCCAUCCAGGUCUCCAUACCAUCAGGAGACGGGGGUUUGAAGAUCAUGUCACGGGAAUAGAUAAAUCCCCCGAGGAAGAGUCGUCUGUGCGUCGUUUAUCGCCAAAUAUGAACAGAGUUAUUCAAAGUGCAGGGGUGGCAGUGGAUAAACAGAAGAGCAGAGACCAUUCACCAAGCGGUCGAGUAAAGGAAGUGCCGGAAGUACAUGGUCGAAAUUCGACUGCAAGGAUCUCGUCAUCUGAUAUUAUUAGUCAGUUGAACGACACAAAUAGUGAAUUAUCAAUUCCAUCAGAACAAGGCCUGCCAUCUGGUGGAGAUAUAUCUUUGGUCCAGUGGAGGCAGCAAAAGGAUCUGAGUCACGACGAAUUUCACAAAGAAAAGCUUGUUAUCAAAAGGGAUCCUUCUGACGACGAGCGCAAAUCUGGAGAACUAUUGGUUGGUCAGUCCUCGAGAACGGGCAGAAUGUAUUUGUCACCUUCUCGAAAUGUAGUGAUGUCUCCACCUGGUUCUUUUCCUAAAUAUUUAGGUGGAGGUUUUCAGCUACAUCCAGAGCACUUCUCGAAAUCACAAGAGCGCUCACGUCAGGUCUCAGAUACUCCUUCGAUUCAAUUAGAUGUUUAUGGUCUACCUGAUGUUUUGGACUAUGAUACUAGUGAUGAUUCGUCCAAUGUGGACGACCCUGACCCCUACCCGAUUGAUUCAAAGCUGCACUCCGAAGAGCUUAAACCACCCACCCUUUCUCAUAAAAGACAAGGGGACCAAGUAGUUGAGGUUGGUGGUGACAGUGGCAGAUCGGAUUACGAAGAGGAGCAAGAUCUUGCUGAGACGAGAUCUGAUUCGAGCUCUGAAGAGCGCUUGGACGUCACUGGUAAAUUUGGACCCGUUGUAUCUAGUGGUUCUCCUCGUUUCUCUCCUCAUCUUUCUCCCGAAUCAGUUUAUAGUGCCAAUCAAUUUCAAGCACGCGAUCAACGGGAGCAACCGGUGCAGGAAAAUCUCAAUGGGCCUUCAGAAUCGUCAAAUAGUGUUGGUUUUGGCGAAGAGAAGGUGAAAGGUUCAGCUUAUUCUUUGCUGAAGGGGAAAUCUCAAACAAUUAGAUUGCAAAUUAAUUUCCAUGUACCUGAUCGUAUUCAUGUUGUGUGUCGACAUUGUAAGCUGCAAUUGGAAGUACCGCAGAAUCUUUCUCCGAGCGAGUCAGGUGUACAGAAACUUCGCUGUGGUUCGUGCUGGAAAAUAUCACGCUUUCGCUUGAAUCACUUACUGGAACUUUGUGGAGGUUCAUCCCCAGCUGCAAGUGACAAUUCACCCGAAUCUUCUUUCCGACUCGGUUCGAACAGCUCUGAUGGGUAUUCCGGCACAAGGUCCAAUCGAGAAACUGGAUCUCAGGAUCGAGUGGUGAUCCGUACACAGUCAGGAGCUAGCCUUCCCGUCCCACCUUCAGGGCGACAUAAUCCACGUGCUGCUUCAGGAUCUAAGUUAGUAAACAUGGUUUUGGGUUCAAACCUACCAUCCGAAACCUCUAAAACCUCAUCUCCAAAUACCUCUGGAGACUUGGGCCCAUCUGAGAAGAUAAUGCGAAGUGGAAAGGAGAAUGCUGACUUGCCUCCAUCAAGUGAGGCUGAGUUAGUUCAUACGACACUCUCACCUACAUUCUCCAGCACAAGUCAGGAUGUAGGGACAAGUCGUCAGCAGAAGAUAUCACCAGAUCGCAAACUGUUGCAAUCUAGCAGUGAUUCUGAUGAAGAGAAAGCUUCGGUUCAUCUAAAAAUUAGACCAAGUGCUUUACCUACACCGAUGAGUGCAUGGCCUCUUGAUACUCCUGACUUUGAUGAUGGACAGGAGCUGAAAGGUCUUAAAGCGUUCUUCAAACGAAGUGUCAAGGAACUGACAAAGGGGAAAAAAGCCAAUCAGUAUCGUCGCAAGGUUGUAGUGAAUGGUCAUGCUCUUCCUGAUGACGUAGUCAAAAAAGCUGAGGAGUACGCAGGAUUCAUACAUCCAGGCUCUUACUGGUACGACAUUCGUGCUGGGUUCUGGGGGGUCAUGGGGGGACCUUGUCUUGGGAUGAUUCCGCCCUUCAUUGAGGAAUUAAACUUCACAUUGGCUAGGCAUUGUUCUCAUGGGAAAACUGGAGUAUUGGUAAACGGUAGAGAACUACAUCAUAAAGACUUGGAGCUGCUGAAGAAGCGUGGUUUACCAGGAACUCCCGGAAAAUCUUAUAAUGUGGAUAUUGAUGGACGUCUUACAGAAGCAGAAACAGGGGUUGAACUUAAAGGUCUUGGUCGGCUGGCACCAACGUUGGAGCAGACCGGUAGAGGUCCAGGCAUGUGGGUACCAGAAAGUCAAAGAGUUUCAUAAUUGUCCUCGGAGAUUGUGCAUAGUAUCCAUGGCUUCUCAUUUGAAGGUAUGAUUAGUGUCUUGGCUUGGUGUCCUCGUUGGACCCGGAAGUUGGAACCAGGAUAUUUUUGCGACAAUUUACUCUGGCAUUAGAUUAGGAAGUCACGUCCAAUCGUGACUUGAAAUCAAGAUCUAGUUUUUGAUUGGUCUAGCUUGGCUUUUUACAUUUGCUGUACACCUCCGUUUAUCGUGUGAUAAUGAAUUUUUUUUCGUAUACA